AAAUCACUUUUGUUAAUAUGAAAAUGCCAGAGGCCCAUAACCACUUAAUAAUUGUAUGACCAUUCAUAUAAAACAUAAAAGCACAAGUAGCUCACACUCUCAUUAUCUCGCUGAGUUUUCUCAAUCAAAUUUUCAUCAUCAUCAUCUUCUUCUUCUUCUACAUUAAGCUCCAUGGAAAUCAAACAAGUAGCUCAAACUCUCAUUGUCUCGCACGUGUUACGCUUCAUUCGUGCGUUAUCCAAUGCCAAAUCCAAAGCUACGUCCCAUCUUAUUCAGCUUCUCAAAGAAAAAAAACCCAUGCAAUGGCUUUAUAUCACCACUAGAAAAAACACGAGCAAGAUCAAGAAGAUGAUCAACAAGGAGGCCAAGAUAUUCUUUGACUCGUUCAGGCUGCACUAUGACUGGUGUUCUUCCACUCAUGUCUUGCCUGUGCCGGCUCUGGUUGAAGAUUGUCCCGAGUCUCAGCUUUCUGGGUAUCUGGAAUGGCUUGAAAAGAAUGACGUUCAUGAUAAGACCACGUCUAUGGCUGACCAAUCGGAGGCCGACGUAGAUAACAAUGAUAUCGACCGGCAAGCCGACUUGUUUAUUGCGAGAUGCCAUGAGAAGUUUAGGUCGGAAAUGGAAGAGUCUUACAGGAGAUACCAAGAAACGCUGGCUAGAAGCAUGUGAUAUUUGGACUAGACUAGCGAGCUAUCUAGUUAUUUGCAUGUGGUGUUCGGAUAUGGUUUAUUUUGUUAAAAUUCUACUUUCCCAAUAUUCUCUUUUCUUCUGUGUAAAAAUAAAAAGAAAAAAUCAUGGGCGUGGGAGUGCGGAAAGUGUAGCAAUUGGAUUGGAUUGAGAGGUUAAUUAAUUAAUUUCCCUUUUUUUUUUUUUUCUUUUGAGUUUUUGUAUUUAGAUGGCUUUUUUUUUUCUUUUUUUUUUUUU